AUGAGCUCCCCCUCGUUUAUCAUGCCCCACAACCUAAUACCCUCCAGCAAGUACCACGAAAUUAGAGCCCAGAAUGAAGGAAAUGCAAAACUGAGCAACCGAGAUGUCUACGAGUACCGUAGCAGCAAACUGAGUCCGAUGUACUCCAGCGCCACGUUUAAGUCGCACCCACCAAUCUACACAGAGAAGGUUACCUACAAUCCGAAAGUAGUUAACCCCAAUUCAGCGAUUCCAAAUUAUAGCCCACCUGGAGGGAGUGGUCGAAAGGUCAGCUGCAUGAAUUCAUUCCCCUGUUUAAACGGGCAGACUAGGGGGUGCAAUGAAAUGAACAAUGGAACCACAAAUGGGACAUAUAACGGCGUCAUUUUUAAGCACCCAAGUGUUAGUGGCUACACAACUGGGUAUAAUGCUGCCCCAACAAACAAACGAUUCGUCAAAAAGGUGAGCAAAGUGCCCUGUCUGUUCAAUACCAAACCGGCAUUCAGGCAAGACAGUUGCGAAAAAGGGUACAGUGACGUGUCUGGUGUUCCCAUCCACUUUGACUCCCCCGUGCAUGGCAGCAAAGGGUACGUACAACUAAGUAGGCACGAUGAAAUGGCAGUUUAUAACAUGAAUGAAAAGAAAAAAAACAAAGACCUAGAAGUGAUGGGAAAAUUAAACCACGUGGAACCUUUUAAAAAGAGAGUAUCAAAGGAAAAACUACCAGAGCCGAUCAUAAAAAAUAAAAUUAAUGAACUGAUAAAAGAAAAGGAUGAACAAAUAAAGGAAUUAGAAAUUGAGAUCCAAAAUGAGAAGAGAAAAAGCGAAAUGGUUAGACCACACGGUGCUGAAAACCCCAGGGAGUACGCCAAUGUAGAAAACAGAAAUCUAAAAGAAAAAUUGUUGGACCAAAAAAUCAAAUAUGAAGAAACGCUGAAACAUUUGAAAAGGGUAGAACUCGACAGGAGAUCCCUAAAAUCAAGUUUAAACGUCCGAGAUAAAGUCCUGACGAAAUUGGAAAAUGAAAUCGGCUCUGUGGACAACGAAAACGAUUUCUUGCUUCGCUUGAAAGAAAACACAAGUCUGAGUGAUGUACAUAACCUUUUCAAAUUUUUGCAAGGCCGAGAUAAAGAAGCGGAAGAGGAGAGGUACCACAACUCUGCAAGGACAAAUAACGAAAAGGGCAAGGGACUAAACAAAGACAAAGAAAGGAACAAGAGAGUCGAUUCAUAUGCCAGAAGCGACACCUAUCGUGUAGACGAAACAGGGCAGGGAAAACAUAAGGAGGAUGAAUUUAGCUGGUACAAGAGCAAAAGCACGUGUGACGAUAGUCUCCUGCCAUUGGAAGACGAUGCAUCAGAAGAGAAUAGAAAUUCAUACAAAAAGGGGAAAAAGGUGUCUACGUUUUCCCAGCCGAGUUUCGACAACAACGAUAUGUAUACGCUCAAGUCGACUAUUGUCGAGUUAGAAAAGGAAGUGUACGAACUGAAGGAGGAAAAUAAAAGUGUGAACUUUAAAUACGAAAACACCUUCCAAGCUUUAAGCGAAUUGAGGAAGGACACCCUGGAGUACAUGGAAUCAAUCGUCUCACGUGACAUGCGCAUAGCAUAUAUGGAGAGUAUGCUACAGAAGAGCGAAAAGGAUCUGGGCAAAUUGAAAGAACUUCUAAAAAAACAGCAAGUGCUUUACAGAGAAAAGGUAGAUAAAUGCACAUCGGAGAUAAGCAUCUUGGAAAAGCAAUCUUCUCACCUACAAUCAAUGAUACAAGAAAAAGAUUCAGAAAUCGUUUUGUUGAAAAAUGAAAUAAUACGAAAUGAAAUGCUCGUCAGACAGUACGAAGAAAGAAAUAAAGAACUGCAAAACGAACUUCGACUAAUGUGCAACAAUCUAGAAAAUGUAAUUGACGCAUCGAACAAGAAAGACCUGUUCAUGGUUGAACUGGAAAAACAAAUCAGAGAAAAUGAAGUACACAGACAAAAUGCCUACCUCAAGGAAGUAGCCAAAAAUAGGAAAGUUCAAGCAAAUAUGAAAUUCAAAGAAAUUAUGUACGAUAAAUCGGCUAAACACCAGGUGGAUGAAUUACAGAGCUUGAAGAAGGAACUCUACUUGAACAAAAUACAGAUGCAGAAAGCCAGGGAUGCAUUCGAGGUCCUUAAGAAGGUACCAAAGGCAGGAUCUCUACGUAGAAGCAAGCAAAACGUCAGCCAAGAUAACGACUCCAGCACUGUACACAAUUUUACUAUGGAUAAAAAUGAUCAGGACGGAGGCAACACCACCUUCGAGGCCAAGGUGUCCUCCGAGACGGCGCCAGCGUACAAGGCGAAGCACUCCGUGGUUAAGAAGAAGAAGCGGGCCCCCAAGGCCAGAACAUCAGGGAGUUUAUCAGCGAGUUUAUCAACGAGUUUAUCCGCGAGCAUCCAGGAUAAGGAGCAAGAAAAGGCACAGGAAAGGGCGCAGCAAAGUGCCCAGGAGACCAUUCAAGCAAGCGUUCAAGCAAUGGCAUAG